CUUUGCUAUAACGCUGAAAAAAAAAGGUUCCAAGAGAAAAGGAGAAGAAAUGGCCUCAAAGCUUCUUCGUCAAACCCUAACCAAAACCAACAGAACCGCCGCUAUACGCUGCUUCUCCACCGCGGCUUCUGUCGCUUUCCCUUCCGAGUAUGAGUACCCAACAGGAAUCACCAUGAAAGGUGUGAAAAUUUCGGGCCGUCCGCUUUACCUCGACAUGCAAGCGACUACCCCCGUGGAUCCUAGGGUUUUAGAUUCGAUGCUUCCUUUUUACCUAUCUCGUUACGGGAACCCUCACUCCCGUACUCACCUCUACGGUUGGGAAUCUGAAACCGCCGUCGAAACAGCCCGCGCACAAGUAGCGGCACUCAUCGGGGCUUCCCCGAAAGAAAUCGUCUUCACCUCCGGCGCCACCGAAUCGAACAACAUCUCAAUCAAAGGCGUUAUGCAUUUCUACAAAGACAAGAAGCGCCACAUCAUCACGACUCAAACAGAACACAAAUGCGUUUUAGAUUCUUGUCGGCAUCUUCAACAGGAAGGUUUUGAGGUGACUUAUUUGCCUGUCGGGUCGGACGGGCUUAUUGAUUUGGAUAGGUUAGUGAAAGAAAUCCGGCCCGAUACCGGGUUAGUUUCUGUUAUGGCUGUUAAUAACGAAAUUGGUGUGGUUCAACCGGUUGAAGAAAUCGGUAAAAUUUGUAAAGAAUUUAAUGUCCCUUUUCAUACUGACGCUGCACAAGCUUUAGGGAAGAUUAAGGUUGAUGUAGAGAAAUGGAACGUUAGUUUAAUGAGUUUAAGUGGGCAUAAGAUUUAUGGUCCUAAAGGAGUUGGGGCUUUGUAUUUGAGAAGGCGGCCUCGGAUUAGAGUUGAGCCACAAAUGAAUGGAGGUGGGCAAGAGAGAGGGAUAAGGAGUGGGACUGUGCCUACUCCGCUUGUUGUUGGGAUGGGAGCUGCGUGUGAGUUGGCGAUGAAGGAAAUGGAGUAUGAUGAGAAUAGAAUUAAAGGGUUGCAAGAGAGGUUAUUGAAUGGGAUUAGAGAGAAGAUUGAUGGGGUGGUGGUGAAUGGGAGUAUGGAUAGGAGGUAUGUUGGGAACUUGAACUUGUCCUUUGCGUAUGUCGAAGGGGAGAGUUUGUUGAUGGGAUUGAAAGAAGUGGCAGUGUCUAGUGGGAGUGCUUGUACUAGUGCUAGUUUGGAGCCAUCAUAUGUGCUGAGAGCCUUGGGUGUGGAUGAGGAUAUGGCACAUACUUCGAUUAGGUUUGGGAUUGGAAGGUUUACUACUGAGGAAGAGAUAGAUAGGGCAGUUGAGCUUACUGUGAAACAGGUUGAGAAAUUGAGGGAAAUGAGUCCACUUUAUGAGAUGGUGAAGGAAGGUAUUGAUAUUAAGCAGAUUCAAUGGGCGCAGCAUUGAUGAAAUGUUGAAUAUUGGUGAGGCAGUUUUGGAUAUGAAUUCAGUGCCAAAAGAAUAUUUUGCACUGCCAGCCAAAGUUGCUUAAGCAGAGCUAGAAUUGUAUGGCUGUAUCCUGGUUUUCUUUUCUUGUCCAUGUACAUGCCUUGAGAGCUUUCUUAGAUAAUUUAUAUGAUUAGAGAGUAAAUCUUGCAUCCUAUUUUGAUAAUAGAAACAAUAAAAUAACCAGCUUUAUGUUGUUUAAUAUGUUCUGUAACUCUGAGCUCACUCUGUGUUGCAUACCAAAUAAUAGCUAGUUUUAUGUUGUUUUUUA